UACCGUGUCAUGUCCCCUCCCAAUGGCCACAAAUCCCUGUGGCUGGUGCUUCUUUUUGGAAUGGGAGUGAUGGCAAAGAGCCUGAACUGUCCAGUAAAGUGUACCUGUCAAUACCUGGAAGUGAACUGCACAGGGCAGCAGCUGCAAGAUUUCCCCACGACCAUUCCACUGGACACAAGGCAGCUGAUUCUGGCUACCAACAACAUCUCCUACCUGCCAUCGGUGGAGCUGAACUUCCUAAGUGACUUGGUCUAUCUGGACUGCAGGGAGAAUGCCAUUAGUGAAGACCUGGAUUUCACCUUCAUCAGUCUCAACAAGCUCAUCUACCUAGACCUGAGCUUCAACAACCUCACCCGGGUCACUUUCUCCACUUUCUCCCAGCUCAGUAGCCUGGUGGUGCUGAAGAUCUCGGACAACCCAAAUCUGGUGGAGAUUGAGAAGGAUUCCUUUGCCAAUAACACCUGGCUGAGGCACCUGGAUGUGAGCCGGACUGGCUUGACAUUCCUGGAUAUUAGCAUUGUCAAGGAUCUGCCCAAUCUGAAGUCCCUGGGUCUAAGUGAAAACCUCUGGAACUGUAACUGCUCCUUCUUGGACUUCACCCUCUGGAUGAAAGAGAGUGGCGUUCGCUUCCCAGAUCCUGAGAACAUCUCCUGCUACAGCCCAGCAGCUCUACAUGGCUGGUCAAUGCCUGGGGUGGAGUCGAAGCUCCACUACACAUGUCUCCUCCAUUUACAUGAUACAGACUACGCCUUCCUGGGUCUGAUUGGCUUCUGUAUAUUCUCUGCCGGCACUGUGGCAGCCUGGUUGGCUGGAAUGUGUGUAGUGCUAUACGAAUUCCACACAACAAGGGGAGGGAAUGAUGAAGACGAAGAUGAAGACGAAGAAGCAACCACCUAGAACUAGCCUCUGAAGCCCUGGUGAAUAACUAUGCUGGGAUGCCAGAGACUGAUACUAGACGUACCUUUCUCUUGGUCCCCCUGGGCUUUCCCCGUCUAUCUGCCUUUCCAGAUGAGAUUCUUGUGACACAAAAUACAACUGCAGGAAUCCUUUUGUUGUAAUUUAACCCUCUUUGGGGGAAUUUCUUACUUCCUCCUUCUUUUCUCCAAAAUUUCUUUCUCCAGCUGGGCUUGGGCCAUUGACAAAUUAAUUGAUGCCUGCCAAAAGUAUGGUAAGUGCUCAUCUAUCAACCAGCCAGAUAAUUAAUAUUUGUUAUUUACGGAGUGCCCCCAAAUAGCUAAGAACCUUACUGAAUAUGUAGAAAGCCAUGA